UCUCAUUCCAUAUCAAAGCUUAAAACACUCUAUACGACAACCACCCCCAUAAAGAAAAAAACAACCGCCACUUUCAAAAUGGUUUUCAAAUUGGUUUCGAGUCUUUCGACAUUUGAAGGCACUAUUAAAGGACAGCUAAUGGUUCGCAGAAACACACACUUCGUGAUGGUUGAUGGAAUAUCUAAACUGAUGACUCGCAAAGGCAAUCAUUUUUGGUCAUCGGAUUUCCAUAUUGCUGGUCUCCAGUGGAGGUUGAUUAUUAGUUGGAAAAAAGCCCAAAAUGACAAUUUAUAUCUUCAUCUCCGGAUCAUCGAUGAAAAGUGUACCGGUCCUAAUUGGAGUGUCAAGUGCGAAUGCAUAUUCGGCUUAGUCGAUGAGAGAGGAAAUCGUCACGUACUGGAAUCGUUUCCGGCACGUUUCAAGGAAGUCACGAAAAGCUACAAAAAGUCAAUACCAUGGGGGCUGUUGAACUGUUUUCUUGUGAACGACAAAGCGGUCUUCAUGAGCGAAAUCAUCAAUGUGGAAGCAAGCUUUCCUGUUACCCCUAUCGCUCGAAACAUGGGGACAGCGGAAUGCAUUAAACUAUUUGAGGUGCCCGAGAACAAAUCUAGAUUCACCUGGCAUAUCACUCGGUUUUCCUCCUUCACUGGUAAACGUCAUUCCUCGUACGAGUUCACGGUUGGACCACGGAGAUGGAGAAUACUGAUGUACCCAGAAGGAAAGGCAGGAAAUUUUUCGUUGUAUUUGUCUGCUUCCGAUUACGUGACUGGUAGUCCAAAGAGACCAACUUUUGCCAACUAUAAACUGCGAGUGUUGGACCAAGUCAACCGCAAUCACCAUGAAUCUGGGCACCAAGGUUGGUUUUCCUACGAUACAUCAGAAACUUCGGGCAAAGGCACGAGCAAGUUUAUGCCGAUGGAAGAACUCCAUGAUUCUUCAAAUGGAUAUCUGGUGAGAGAUCAGAUAUAUAUUGGUGUUGAGUUCUUACUUGUCUCAAUUACCGAGGAUCUCUGAGACGCAUGCAUUACUGGAUUCGAUCAAGACCCACAAGAAUAAAUACCCCUUGAUGCACUACUUAUCUAUCUAUCUAUCAUUCCACAUUUCAUAUCGAUGUGUGUUUAAAUAUCCUGCAAGUUUAUUAAAAUAAAGUGACGGGUCAAAUCGGUUGAUUGUAUUGUAUGUCACGAUGACAUUCAACCGAAUCUAAUCUAUUAAAAUUGAAGUACAACUAGAAAUUAACCCUGAAUUUUUCUUAA